CCCCCCCUAACACCUAACAACGUUCCUCGCCUCCACUCACCCACUCACAUCCGUCUGCGUUUCCCACUCCUUCUAGUCCUCCUCCGCCGCAACCAUGUCUUGGAAGCUCACCAAAAAGCUUAAGGAGACCCACCUUGCUCCUCUUGCAAACACCUUCAGUCGCUCGUCUUCCACAUCCACAAUCGUCGGCGAUGGCACAUCCAAGAGCUCGGGCUCUAGCACAUCGAGCAGCACAACUCUCGUAGACUCAAAAGAUCCUCAGGGCAUUGCUGCCUCCGAGACAAGCGCCGCCGCUCCUGCCCCGCCGCUCAAGCCUGGAAUUCUUAUAGUCACAUUGCAUGAAGGAAAGGGUUUCUCCUUGCCAGCAGGCUCUGAGCAUGCCUUCACAGGUGGUCACCACCAGGGCUCGCUCUCCACUGGUGGUGGCUUCUCUGUUGCAGGGUCCAUGCGACCCAACUCCUCAUCCCGCAAUCAGGUUGCAGGCUCGUAUAGUGCGAACCGACCACAGUCCGCUGCUGGCAGCAUAAACGCCGUUCCUACGAACCACGGAAGAUACUCCUCCAAGCAUCUGCCUUAUGCCCUUGUAGAUUUCGACAAGCAACAAGUCUUCAUCAACGCCGUGUCUGGCAACCCAGAGAACCCAUUGUGGGCAGGUGGCAAUACCCAAUACAAGUUCGAUGUUUCCAGGAUAACUGAGCUCACGAUUUCUGUCUACGUCCGAAACCCCCAGGCAUCCCCCAAUGCUGGACGGAGCGAGGAUAUUUUCAUUGGUACUUGCAAGGUCAACCCGCGAUUCGAGGAGCACUCCGACGAUCCGAGGGCACCAAAGAAAGAGAAGGACAAGUCGGCUGCGGAAGGCCAGAUUGGCGCCGAGUGGAUUGACAUUGCAUAUGGAACUGGGUCCAUGAAGAUCGGUGUCAAUUUCGUCGAGAAUAGACAAGACCGCUUGUCGAUUGAGGAUUUUGAUCUCCUCAAGGUGGUCGGCAAAGGUAGCUUCGGCAAGGUCAUGCAGGUCAUGAAACGUGAUACCCACCGUAUUUAUGCUUUGAAGACGAUUCGCAAGGCACACAUUAUCUCCCGUUCUGAAGUCGCACAUACCCUCGCAGAGCGAUCGGUUCUAGCACAGAUUAACAACCCCUUCAUCGUUCCCCUCAAGUUCUCAUUCCAAUCCCCCGAGAAGCUCUACCUUGUCCUAGCUUUCGUCAACGGUGGUGAGCUCUUCCACCAUCUCCAGAAGGAGCAACGUUUCGAUAUCAAUCGGGCCCGAUUUUAUGCAGCAGAACUCCUCUGCGCGUUGGAAUGCCUUCACGGUUUCAAUGUCAUCUACCGCGACCUUAAGCCAGAGAACAUCCUACUCGACUACACUGGCCAUAUUGCACUUUGCGACUUCGGUCUUUGCAAGCUUGACAUGAAGGAUGAGGAUCGAACAAACACUUUCUGUGGAACACCCGAAUAUCUCGCUCCUGAGCUGCUCACGGGUGCAGGCUACACGAAGACUGUGGAUUGGUGGACCCUGGGUGUGCUCCUGUAUGAGAUGCUUACGGGACUGCCACCAUUCUACGACGAGAACACCAACGACAUGUACCGCAAGAUUCUGACCGAGCCUCUCCACUUCCCGGGUCCAGAGAUCGUCCCUCCUGCGGCGCGCGACCUAUUGACUCGCCUGCUUGACCGCAAUGCAGAGAAGCGAUUGGGAGCAAAGGGUGCCGCAGAGAUCAAGGCACAUUACUUCUUCCACAGCAUCGAUUGGCGAAAGCUGUUGGAGCGCAAGUACGAACCUAGCUUCAAACCCAAUGUGCUUGACGCCAAGGAUACUGCGAACUUCGACCGUGAAUUUACGUCAGAAGCCCCUACAGAUUCAUACGUCGAUGGGCCAAUGCUGUCUCAGACAAUGCAGAAGCAGUUCGCGGGAUGGUCAUACAACAGGCCGGUCGCGGGUCUUGGAGAUGCUGGAGGAUCCGUCAAGGACCCGUCCUUCGAGGGUGUUGCUGAGCGAUAGAGGGUACGGAUUGUCGUAAAUAUGGGCAUCUGGGAGCCACGAUACCGUGGUCAAAAUUCUUUCCCAGAAGCCAGCACCGAAUCUAUUAGCGAACAAACAGGACGUCACGACGAUGGCAACGUCAUCUUCCCAUGCUCACAUUUCGGGUUUGGAAUCUGACUACAUAAGACCUUGUCUCUUCUGAGUUGGACAACGAAUAUGGGA